UCCCUGAACUUCAUGGAAAAAACAAGCCAUUGAUCUCUUAUGUGGGCGAUUCUACUGUCUUGAUGUGUAAAUGCCAAGGUUGUUUUCCUUUAAAUUGGACUUGGUACACUAGUAAUGGGAGUGUACAGGUUCCUGUAAGUGUUCAAGUGAAUAAAUAUAUAGUCAAUGGAACAUAUGCUAAUGAAACAAAGCUCAUGAUAACACAACUUUUGGAGGAAGAUGGGGGAUCUUACUGGUGCCGUGCAUUAUUCCAAUUAGGCGAGAGUGAAGAACACAUUGAACUUAUCGUGCUGAGCUAUUUGGUGCCUCUCAAACCAUUUCUUGCAAUAGUUGCUGAGGUGGUUCUUUUAGUGGCCAUUAUUCUGCUUUGUGAAAAGUACACACAAAAGAACAAGAAGCAUUCAGAUGACGGGAAAGAAUUUGAACAAAUUGAACAACUGAAAUCAGAUGAUAGCAAUGGUAUAGAAAAUAAUGCCACUAGGCUCAGAAAAAAUGAAUCUGUGAGCCAAUGAAUGCAAAGCAUCAUAUCAAGAAUCAUGGGAAGAAAUACAAGGAGUUGGUAUUUCAGCUUUGUUUAUCUAUUCUUCCUAUUAAGAACAUCAGAGUUUUUAUUUUAAAAGGAUGAAAUGUUUAUGCAACAUGCUUAGCAAAAGCUUCAUAAAUAAUAAAUUGUAUGUAAAAUCUAAAAA